CACUGUGUGUUCUUUACCCAACCAUAUCUCAUCAGAUGCUACAUAGCAUUUUGAGUAGCAGUGUAUUAUAUCGCUCUCCAAGACGAGAUGGAUUUGUUUUUCCAGCGACACUUUGGUCGACGUCAAAAAAGACAAAAGCAUUUUGCUGCAGUGCGUCACAAAUGUCCCUCUGUUCAGGCCAGUAAAGCCAGGAGGCGCUCUAGCGUUGGUCUGCCCUCUGUAGCAUUAGUACAGUCCAGACGCUCCUCUGUCGGUUUGCCUCUGGUUUGCCUCGACCAGCGCAGGCGCCCAAGUGUUGGCCUACUAGUGGCCAGUGGACAGAAGCGACAGUCUAUCAUCGAGCUUGGGCUAACAAAUGCAAGUGAAGGACCAGGAAGAGGAACUGCAAUAGCAGAGGGGGCCACCACGAGAGGAAGACAUCGUCCCUGCUGCUCAGUCUCCUGUGCACGUCGUUCUAAAGUGAAAUCUAUCGAACCUCAUUUACUGGGAUCCUCUAUGUUACUGGCAAGUGUAGUGCAGAUGGGCACAGGACUGAAAAAGGAAGAAGAGGAUGAAGAGGACAUGGAUGUCUCCCCGUGCUCCUGUUCUGAGUCAGGUGAAGAAGAAGAGAGCGAUAAUGAAGCUGAUGAAGAAAGCUUCACCCUGGCAGCUCACAGGCACCUAACGCAGGCUGUGGUUACGGAGAACAUCAAAGCCCGGCCCUUGCUCUGGCCUCCUCGCUGUCUGAGACGAAAUUCCUCACACUUGCUUCCGGCAGACUCCGUGUUUCAGGACAACGAAGCAGGGUUUGGCGUCUUCGGCCGAUAUAGUCCAUUAGAGUCGAGUCACAGUACAGCGAACUUGACGAACGCAAUGUCGACUUCCAUGACCAGUCCCAGCCUUGGCCAGCCGGCUCCAGCAGGCCUGAGCUUUGAUGUUGGGGCAGCUGCAGCAGAUGCUACCUCAUCUGGCUCCAUGCUCCAUAAAAGCUGUUCCUCACCACUAGAUGGACCCCAGCAAAGCAUUUAUUACAAUCCUUACCAGGAUACAUGGGACAACUUCCUCUCAAAAGCCAUAGCCAAGUCCGGUCUGCACCAUCUUCCCUGUCAGCCCAGCACAUCCUCUCUGACCAGGACCGACCCAGAAGCAAACAUCUCCAGCACUGUGGACUGGACUGAGGUAGCUGUGUAUGGAGAUCAUAUCUGGUUUGAAACAAACGUGUCUGGAGACUACUGCUAUGUGGGAGAACAGCACUGUAUUGCCAGAUUACUGCAAAAGUCUGUCAGUCGAAGGAAGUGUGCUGCCUGUAAGAUCGUUGCUCACACCGUCUGCAUAGAACAACUGGAGAAGAUUAAUUUCAGGUGUAAACCAUCAUUCAGAGAAUCAGGAUCCAGAAAUAUUCGAGAGCCCAUUGUGGUUCGCCAUCACUGGGUGCAUCGGAGACGACAAGAAGGCAAAUGCAGACAGUGUGGGAAGGGCUUCCAGCAGAAGUUUGCGUUCCACAGUAAAGAGAUUGUUGCCAUCAGCUGCUCGUGGUGCAAACAGGCUUACCACAACAAGGUUUCUUGCUUCAUGCUGCAGCAAAUUGAGGAAGCUUGUCCAAUGGGUGCUCAUGCUGCCCUCAUAGUUCCACCCACAUGGAUAAUUCGGGUCAAACGCCAUCAGUCAUCGAUGAAGUCCAGCAAAAAGAAAAAAAGAACAUCGUUCAAGAGGAAAAGCAGCAAAAAAGAGGAGGGGCGGCAGUGGAAGCCAUUCAUAAUCCGACCCAUCCCAUCACCACUUAUGAAACCCCUGCUUGUGUUUGUCAAUCCCAAGAGUGGAGGAAACCAGGGCACUAAGAUUUUGCAGUCCUUCAUGUGGUAUCUGAACCCCAGACAGGUGUUUGACCUGAGCCAAGGAGGACCAAAGGAGGGUUUGGAGCUGUAUCGUAAAGUCCAUAACCUAAGGAUACUGGCCUGUGGAGGAGACGGCACUGUGGGUUGGAUCCUAUCGUGUCUUGAUGAACUGGCAUUAACCCCCCAGCCUCCGGUUGCUGUGUUACCACUUGGGACAGGAAAUGACCUUGCUAGGACCCUUAACUGGGGAGGGGGCUACACAGAUGAACCUCUGUCUAAGAUCCUGUCUCAUGUGGAGGAGGGAACAGUUGUCCAGCUAGACAGGUGGAACCUCCUGGUUGAACCAAACCACAGUGCAGGGGCUGAGCCAGAUGAACAGCAAACUGAUAAGCUUCCUCUGGAUGUUUUCAACAAUUACUUCAGCCUUGGAUUUGAUGCCCACGUGACUCUUGAAUUUCAUGAGUCGAGAGAGGCCAACCCAGAGAAGUUUAACAGUCGUUUCAGGAAUAAGAUGUUCUACGCUGGGACGGCAUUCUCAGAUUUCCUGAUGGGAAGCUCCAAAGACCUGUCAAAGCACAUCAAAGUGGUGUGUGAUGGGACAGAUUUAACAUCAAAGGUUCAGGACUUGAAGCUACAGUGCCUGGUCUUCCUCAACAUCCCCAGGUAUUGUGCAGGCACCACACCAUGGGGUAACCCCAGUGAGCAUCAUGACUUUGAACCUCAACGCCAUGAUGACGGAUACAUCGAAGUUAUCGGAUUCACGAUGACUUCACUGGCUACUCUUCAGGUUGGAGGUCAUGGUGAGAGGUUGAACCAGUGCAGAGAAGUGAUCCUCACCACUACUAAACCUCUCCCAGUGCAGGUGGACGGUGAACCUUGCAGACUUGCUCCAUCAGUCAUCCAUAUCAGCCUCAGAAACCAGGCCAAUAUGGUUCAGAAAACCAAACGACGAACCUCUAUACCACACCUCAAUGAUCAGCAGCCGGUCCCGGAGAGGCUGAGGAUCAGAGUCAGCCGGAUCAGCAUGACUGACUACGAGGCUCUGCACUACGACAAGGACAAACUACGGCAAGCAUCCAUUCCUCUGGGACUGAUCGUGGUUCCUGGUGACAGUGACUUAGAGACCUGCAGAGAACACAUCCAGCGAUUACAAGAGGACUUCUGCUCUCUUCAUCCUAUACCUGUGGGACUGCAGGAGGAGGCAGCCAAGCCGAAGAAUCUUUGCUCACAGAGAUUGUCUCCAAAGUGGUGUUUCCUUGACUCCACGACAGCCGAUCGUUUCUACAGGAUAGACCGAGCACAGGAACAUCUCAACUAUGUAUCAGAAAUCUCCCAGGAAGAGAUCUUCAUCCUGGACCCUGAACUUGUUGUCAUGACAACUGUAGGCACCUCCCACUCAGCCAUGGCCGACCUGGUUAACCCCGCCCCUAGCCCAGUAAACAGCAGGGACAACACUUCUAGUCAGAGCUCCACUGAUGUUUUAGUCUACACUGCUGCUUCCUCCUCCGACUCACCUUCAUCCUCUGUUCCCAGUUCUUCCCCAGGGCAGCACAUGAACAGUGACAGCACAGAAGCAGAAGUUUUGACGCACAACAAAGAACCUGUGACCAGCAAACUCAGCCGAGCGGGUUGUAUCCAUCGUUCCAACACAACGGCUGCGGAUACUAACCAAAGGCAAAGAUGGGAAAAGAGCCAAAAGAUGAGCGAAACAGAAAAGGAGAGAGAAAAAGAAAUGUUAAUGGAUUGUGUGAAGAACAAGGACUUGAAGAAGUUGCAGGAGCUGCACCUGAAGGGAGCCGACCUCACGGUCCUGGACCAGUCAGGGUGGAGCUUGCUGCACCAUGCUGUUAGUACAGGAAGCAAGGACAUGGUGCGCUACAUCCUUGACAAUGCACCAAGUGAGCUGAUUGAUGUCACUGAAAAACUACAUGGGGAAACGGUUCUUCAUCAGGCUGCAUCGCUGUGUCACAGGACUAUCUGUCAUUAUCUGGUAGAAGCAGGAGCCUCACUCAUGAAAACAGACCUGCUGGGUGAUACUCCUAAGAACAGGGCGGAGAAGGCUCAAGAUGCUGAACUGGCAGCGUACCUGGAGAACAGACAGCAUUACCAGAUGAUACAGAGAGAGGAUCAGGAGACAGCUGUCUAAAAUAUUUGAACUCUCCUUGAACUGGACAUGGAUGAAGGUUUUGUCUCCUUCCUCAUGUUGACCAGACUGAACGUGUUUAAUGCCUUUGUGCGAGUUGAACUGGACACAGAUUCCAGUUUACUGCUGACAGCCCUCAAAAACAGAUUGAGAGUGAAGCUGUGCCAAACGUGGUUUAAAUAGGAGGGCUUGUGUUAACUGCGGUGAAGCUACGCACAUUUUCAGAAGUUUAUUAAGUCGUUUUGAUAUUUUGAUGUUAAAUAGCUUAGUAAGAAUAAUAAUAAUAUUGAUUUAAAAAUCUUGUGAAAUUCUCUGACUUGGAACAGU